GUCUGUGUGACCCUUCUGCCAGUACCGUGGCAGCCUUGGCCCACCGGCCUUCGAGUGCAACACAUACGGGAUGCCUUGGGCGAUGGCGCCGGGCUGCUUGAUCAACUCACUGCGGUGGUCAACCUUUUGGCGCAGGGGCGGGCCUGUGCCAGCGUCAUGCCGGUGUUGGCCGGCGCUGGGUUGGUGGCUUGCCCAAGCCCUCUGGUGGGGUCCGACCCAUUGCCGUUGGGGAGCUUCUCCGCCGCCUUACGGGAGCCGGGGUUGCUGUGCCCGGCGGAGCGGAAGCGGCCGUGCAUUGCCUUCGGGCCUGGGUUGGCCGCCGUGCUGCUUCCCACGAUUCCGUGGUCGUCAGCCGUGUUGCAAGAGGCCCGGGACAAGUUCCCAGCCCUGGCCCGCUGGGCCACCUGGUGCUACCGGCAGGCCAGCAACUUGCAGUUUGGGGACACAGUGCUGCAGUCCAGCAGCGGGGUGCAACAGGGCGACCCGCUUGGGCCCCUGCUGUUCGCU